AUGUUGUUGACCAGAAGAGCAAUUCAUAUGUGUGUGUCACGGCGCGGCCCUGUGAAAGAUCGAAUUGUACAAAGGCUUCAGACAGAGUUUAAACCUACGCAUCUGGAAGUGGAAUGUGAAAGUCACAAUCACACGGGUCAGGAUGACGAUGAAAGGCAUUUUUAUGUGCAAAUUGUAUCCAGCAAUUUUGAAGGGUUGAAAACCGUACAGAUGCAUCGUCUCGUCAAUAAUUGUUUGCGGGAAGAACUAGCAGGACCAGUGCAUGCACUCCGUAUCGAUACUUACCCUACAUCACAAUUCAAUAGUGAUCCACCAACUGUCCCACCAAAAUGCGCUCAUAGUCAUACAGAACGUAUUUCCAAAUAG